AUGCAUCCCCUUCCUCUCUGGCAGGAUUUGAGAAACAUCUCCACGGCCCGGCCCCGACUCAAAGAUGUAUCCUCCCAUGAGCCGUACUCAACUCGAACCUGCAAGUCGAACAGUGCCUUACCUUGGGAAGUCCGAGUCUCAACCUCGCGGGGAGUGCCGUAUUUUUACAACUCUCAAACCAAUCAGUCGACAUGGGAGGCACCGCUCGAGCUAACACAGGAGGAGAUCCAUUCUCUACCUGGCGCAAAGGAGUAUCUGCUUGGUGGCGGGGCGGGAGAUAGGCCCGCACAAGUUCGCGCGAGCCACCUGCUUGUGAAACAUCGCGGAAGCCGGAGGCCCAGCAGCUGGAAGGAGCAAAACAUCACGCGUUCAAAGGAGGAGGCUAUCGAUAUUUUGAAGCAGUAUGCAUCGGAGAUCAACGGCUCACCGCAGAAGUUCGCGGAGCUUGCCCGAGAGCACUCUGACUGUUCCUCGCAUUCGAACGGCGGUGACCUCGGAUUAUUUAAACCUGGUCAGAUGCAGAAACCGUUCGAGGAUGCCACCUAUUCCCUGAAAAUUGGCGAGAUCAGUGAUGUCGUCAGUACCGAUAGCGGGGUACACCUCAUCCUGAGAACAGGGUAG